AAAGCCUCAAUAAACCGCCCCCUCCCAUCGGAGAUGUUGCUGUGUGGGUGACAGCUGAACUGCAGAAGCGAAACAAGUGUUUGUGCUGCUUUUUCCGAAAGUAGAAGGUUGGAAGUGAGAAAACGGUUGUAUUUUUUUCGGAGUUAGCUACGUAUUUCUACGUCUAGUGUUUUACUGCUUCAUCGUCGAUUCAGACAUUUUAAGCCACGAAGCUUAAGAGAGCAAGACGGCGACGGGCAGAGCUUCCGUUAGUCUAAAAGUCAACUGAAAGCCGGCUUUUUUUUCUUCCUCUUUAUCCACUAUCAGUAUUACUUGGAUGCAAUGACAGACUCAGUCGUGGACAGCAAAGCUGAGGUCAAACAAGCAACGAAAUAUGUCAAAGAGACUGAAAACGUUGCAGAAAAAUAUUCCGCGUUGACUGUCAGCAAGAACAGCAGUGAUGUGAACAUGAACGUUGGCGAUGUGCCUUCCUCAGCUUUCACCGCAGUCCCCACACUGAAAUCCGUCAAGAAGAUUCAGUUUGCAAAUGCAGAGGACAAACAGGAGUUCAGCAAGUACCCGACCAAGGCAGGCCGGCGUUCCCUCUCACGGUCCAUCUCGCAGUCCUCCACAGACAGCUACAGCUCAGCUGCAUCCUACACUGACAGCUCAGAUGAUGAAACUUCGCCCCGUGACAAAGCCCAGGUCAACAGCAAUGGUAGCAGCGAUUUCUGCGUUAAGAACAUCAAACAGGCCGAAUUUGGCCGCAGAGAAAUUGAAAUCGCUGCCCAAGACAUGUCUGCCCUGAUCUCCUUAAGGAAGCGAGCCCAGGGGGAAAAGCCACUGGCUGGAGCAAAGAUAGUGGGCUGUACUCAUAUCACUGCUCAGACAGCUGUCCUGAUUGAAACCCUGGUGGCCCUUGGAGCUCAAUGUCGCUGGACUGCCUGUAACAUCUAUUCCACUCAAAACGAGGUGGCUGCUGCUCUUGCUGAAACAGGCAUACCUGUGUUUGCAUGGAAAGGUGAAUCAGAGGAUGACUUCUGGUGGUGCAUCGAUCGCUGUGUCAACACUGAAGGCUGGCAGGCUAAUAUGAUAUUGGAUGAUGGUGGAGAUUUAACCCACUGGGUGUACAAGAAGUAUCCAAGUGUCUUCAAAAAGGUCCGGGGCAUUGUAGAGGAGAGUGUUACUGGUGUUCACAGAUUGUACCAAUUGUCUAAGGCUGGCAAGCUGUGUGUCCCUGCAAUGAAUGUGAAUGACUCUGUUACCAAGCAGAAGUUUGACAACCUUUACUGCUGCCGUGAAUCUAUCCUGGAUGGCUUGAAGAGAACUACAGAUAUAAUGUUUGGAGGGAAACAAGUGGUUGUGUGUGGUUAUGGAGAGGUGGGAAAAGGCUGCUGUACAGCUCUGAAAGCCCUUGGAGCCAUUGUGUGCAUCACAGAGAUUGACCCCAUCUGUGCCCUGCAGGCAUGCAUGGAUGGUUUCCGAGUGGUCAAACUGAGCGAGGUCAUUCGGCAGAUGGACGUGGUGAUAACUUGCACUGGCAACAAGAAUGUUGUUACCAGAGAACAACUUGACCGAAUGAAGAAUGGCUGUAUCGUCUGCAAUAUGGGACAUUCCAAUACUGAAAUAGAUGUGGCAAGUCUGCGCAGCCCUGAACUGACCUGGGAAAGGGUUCGCUCUCAGGUUGAUCACAUCAUCUGGCCUGAUGGAAAGAGAGUUGUUCUGCUUGCAGAGGGUCGCCUCUUAAAUUUGAGCUGCUCCACAGUGCCUACAUUUGUGUUGUCUAUCACUGCUACAACUCAGGCUCUGGCCUUGAUUGAGUUGUUCAAUGCUCCAGAGGGACGUUACAAACAGGAUGUGUAUCUUCUGCCCAAGAAAAUGGACGAAUAUGUGGCCAGUCUGCACCUGCCAAACUUUGAUGCCCACCUGACAGAGCUGACUGAUGAGCAGGCCAAAUACAUGGGCCUCAACAAGAAUGGCCCUUUUAAACCCAAUUAUUACAGGUACUAAAGAGGCUGUCUAACAUGCAGUGAACAGUUGCCCUGGGAUAAAUAGAGAUAUCUAUUUUAUUUUCUGAACUGAUACAAAAUGGAGGAGUUAUUUUACUUAUGCUGAAUGUAACUUAUUAAUAGCACCUCAGAAGUAGUGCUAAUAUUACAGAGUAAUACAUGUAGAGAAACUAUAAUAUAUAAUCAACUAAUAUGUCUUGAGAUGUAUUUAAAAAAGAGCCUAUUUGCAUGUGUUUGUGUGUGUAUUUAGUUGCUGCAGAUUAAUUGACGUCAUAGAUCACAGAGCAGUUAAUUUGUUUGUUUACUCUACGCACAGUGCCAAGUCAGGGCUGUAUGUAUGAAACAGAAGCAACCAUUUAUGUUUUGUACAUUCCAUGAGCCGGAGUUUAUGCAGAGCCAAAGCAAACUCUGUUAAUGCACAUUAUUUUAGAAAUUGAUGUUGUGUAUUCAUGAAGUUGUCUCAUUGAAUAUGUGCAUACAAGCCCUAAAAUGUAACAUCCAGUUAUACACUGAAAAUAGUACUUAUUGUGAAAAUAAUAUGACUGAAUAUAGAAGAAAAAAAAUACAAGUGCAUUAGAAAAACAAAGAUUAAAAAAGAUCAUUUUUGAUUUAUGAUUAGAAAAAGCCCAGAUAAAGAAAUAAAGAUUUCAGCGUAAAAGAACCAAAUGCAGAUCUGGACUUCUAAAUAAAAACUACUGUAGCAGACUGUUUCUGUAUCUUUUAAAUUCCUCACCAGCUGGAAGUUAACACAUGAAACACUAUUUUGAAUUAAGAUGAUAUUUUAUGAUUCAGGAUAUGUAAAACAGACUUCACACAUUCCCAAAGAAGUAGCUGGAAAUUCUUGAACCUGUGCAGCAUUUUCUAACUACUUUAAAGUCUUUCAACUUUCCAUUUGCUCACUCACAUUCCACCUGAGAUCUGUGUCACUGAGGAGCCUUUGACUGGAUAAUGCCUUGUAAGGCCAUGGUAUGAAUGUGCCUUUUUGAUCAUUUACAACUCCGUCUUCAAAGAAGCUGGGACGUGGUAAAAUGUAAUCGUUUUAAAACAGGACCAAGAGAACAUGUUAAAAUGCUGAAAAUGCUAAAAAAUUUAAUGGUUUUUGCAUUUGAUGACAGUAACAAAACUGAAACAACAUGAACAGGUUAAAAAAAAAGUUUAAAAAUAUGUUAGUAUUGUGAUUAGGUCUAAAAAGUAAGGUCUGAGUUGCUCAGAACUAAACAAAUAAAGAUGGGAUGAAAAGUUACUUUGGUUUAGUACUUGAGAAAUUUGAACCACUUGGCACAUUUUACAUUGCUUUUUCAUUUAAAAUAGGGAUUUUUUUUUAUCUAUAUCAACAAGGAAAUGACAAUAGCAUGUAAAACAGCAGCAUGACUCUCUGGUAAAAGAAAAAAAAACAUAGAGAAAAAAAGAAAGGUAAAGUAUUUGGUGGCUGAAAUCUUAUAUCAAGCAAAAAGGGAAACUUUAAACUAUUAAAACUGUUAUUCAUUCCCUCAGCUCCCAAACUCAGUUGAGGUAAAAGGAAGAUGUGAUAUAACACAGUGAGGCACUGUCAGGUUUGUUUUCUUUGUAUUGCUCACACAUAUUUGAAGAUUACAUAAUUUUUUUCUAACAAAGAAAGAAAAUCAGUUUCAACAUUUUUACAUGUUGUCUUUGUCCCAUUUUCAGCCGAGUUUGGCAUAUUGCUGCUUCUGUUUUCUUUUUCUUUUUUGUUCCACAGUUGCUCAGUUUCUCUUGAAAGGGGUUGUACAACUACUAACCAUCUGCACUGACCUUAAUUAAAUUUUUCAUCCCUUUUUGUAAAACCACAUUUAUUUGUGGUACACUUAAUGUCUUCCCACUGCUUCUGCUAGUAAUUGUAACUCUAAUGUAUAGCUGUACUUUAAGAAAAUUAUUAGUCUUUGUCUGUUAUAUGAUUGUCACUGUUCUAAUUUGAUCCAGCAGUGUAAUUUUAUUGAUCAAAAUUACAUGUGUAUACUAUGUAUGUAAAAAUAAUGCAUUAAAUCAGCAAUAAAGGAAACCUUUUUAUCAAGGAAAA